AUGAAAACUUGUAAUUUUUCUAUUCAACAAUCAUUUAGAGUUAUAAAUCUAACAAAAAAAAUAAUUAUCUUGAUUAAGCCAAAGAAUACUACUAUAUAGAUAUUUCUAAACUAAAAGAAUAGCCAUAUUAGCCUGAUUUAAUUCGAAUUUUCAAUAAAAAUUAUAUUUCUAUUAAAAAGAAACAAUUUCGGAUGUAUCAUAAACUCAAUAAUGAUCCAAUAACUAUUCUUUACAAUUGAGUAUUCUUUUAAAUAAUUUAUGAUUCUUAAUCCAAAUCUGAAAUUUUGA